CUCUUAUCGGCAACCAUACCAGUACCUAUACCUGUGCCAAAAAUCCAUCCUUGUAAAGACCAGACUGGAAUCUCGGAGCAUGCAGUCUCUAUCGACUCACCUUGUCUACCAAGAUGAGCGAACCUCAGCCCCCUCCUUCUCCGCCGCCGCGCGAAAACGACCAGAACCCUGACGCAGGAAACAUGAACCGCGAUAUUACUGCCAGUACCAAAGGGUCGAUUGGAGAUGAAAGCGGGAAUCGUCGUCCUUCGACAGACACUACCGUGUCGUAUACCAGUACGAAUACCUACUUUGGCACCCAGAGACAGCCAUCAUUACCUCGAGCCCAAAUACCUCCACAGCAUCCCGCGGUACCACAAUAUUAUAACCAAUUCGGUAACCAAUUUGGCACACCCAGCCCCAGCCCUGCAGUAGCUCAAUAUCAGGCUGCUCUUCAAUACCAAAAUCAAUAUGGUGACCAAUUCGGGACAUAUAAGAAGUCCUCCGCUGCGAGUCAAAGUCGAAGUUCACAAAUAUCGCGCGUAUAUGGGUAUGCGGGCGGAAGUGGGCAAAGCUCUGUUGGAAAUAGCUGGGACAACCACACAUACUCAGCAAGCUAUCGGAGAGAGUCCGCCUCCGCGAUGUCAUUGUCUGAGCCAAAUCAUAGGGAAUCAGCUCAGGGAGGUUGGAGUUCGUCCACGCCAGGCCGACUUGGCCAAUUCGAAAUACCUGUUACCUCUGCGGACGCUAAACAGGAAGCAGCCACGGAACAAUCCGAUGGAAAUCAAGCUGAGCCAAUCCGAUAUGGGGAAACGCCAGAUCCAAGAGCAUCAGAUAUUGACCCUCCCGCAGAAAGUUACCCUGAACAGACUCGACCAAAUGUUAGCAACUUCAAUCAAGACCACCACCAUGCACCACAGUACACUCACCAACCCAAAUCCCUGCCACAAGAGGGAUCUGUGGCAAGCUUUUCCUACUACCCGAGGAGUGUACCCAGUCUAGCGGCAGCUAGAAGUAAGGCUGUGUCAGAUCUUUUGUCGACAGAGGACUUUGUUAUACGUCUUCCCAGAUCGACCCUGAAUUCAAUAAGCAAUAGAUUCGAGCCUUCCACAGAUUUAGCAGAUGAAGAUUUUGUAAGGCGCGUUUCUGAAAAGAUUCCAGUUCCAGCAAUUUCCGGAUCCGAGCCUGCCCCGGAUUUAUUAAGUGAGGAUUUUGUGAGACGAGUGCCGGAAAAUAUUCCACCUUCAGCAGCCACCAGAAACGAGCCUGUAACAGAUGUACCUAGUGAGAAUUUUGCAGCGCAAGUUCCUAGCACUCAACCCGGCAUUGACCCCAUUCUGGACUUGGCGAUAGCUUUAGCAACUUCUAGAGCCGAAAUCGAGAUAGAUAAAUCUGUGUCAAAAGCCAGGAGCAGGGAGAAUUCUGUAGAAGAGCCUCCAAAAAUCUAUUCUGAUACACCCUCGGUUCAUUCGGACCCAACUAUAGCUCUGGCAAAUUCUAGAGCUGAAUUUGAGACCAGUACUUCGGAGGCGCGAGCAAGGAGUAGGGAGGGCACGGCAGAAGAGCCUUCGAGAAGCCAUUCUGCAAUGUUGUCAAAUCCUGCGAAAGGCGCUUUCAGUCAAUCCAAAUAUUUUUCUCCGGCAAGAAGUAGAGAGCCUGCCAAGGAAAUCGCUCAGCACCAUUCUGGAAGCCCUCCAGCUCGUGAGAGGGAGAAGGGGGGGUUAUCAUACAACUCUUCAGACGAGGAUACGGAUGUUGAAACAGAACUGGAGGGUCACCAAGAAGAGUAAGUUGAAUUAGCAAAAUUUGGAAUCCGUUUUGUUUACUGAUGACCUUUUAGUGACGAUGUUUCCGAUGCCGAGUCUGAGUAUGGCGAAUUCGACGAGAAAAUGCGCAAAAUGGGCAGCAAUUUUGCACAACUUCAAGAGGAGGUUGGUGACGGAUUAGCCCCCGACAUAGAUCUCGAGGAGAGAGCAGAAUCAGAUGAGGAAUCCAACCAUGAAGAAGCCGAGGACGAAACUUCUGAUAGUGGAAGCGAGCCCAUAGUCGAACCCAAGGCACUCAAACCUCGCAGAAAGGUCCACAGAGGCCCACGCAAAGCAGCUGAGCCAACCGGUGAGAUAAAAAUGCGUUUGGGCAUAGCGAACGAUCUUAUUUUUGCUCAAAGAUUCGAGGAAGCCAUGGAAGUUCUUGAUGAGAUAAUUGUAAUCAAUGCUGAAACCGCUUCAGCCUGGACCAAAAAAGCUGCGAUACUUAAGGAAUGGGGUCAAUUGGAGAACGCUAUCAAGAGUCUAUUAUACGCUGCCCAUCUUCGUUAUAAGCACCUCGAAGCGUGGUUUCAUUGUGUCGAUUUUAUUGAAGACCAUGCUGGCGAUCAUCGUCCCGAAUUUCUCUACCUGCUUCAUAUCUGCUAUUCAAGAGCCUUGCGCGCCGACAUCACAAGCGUGAGAGCCCAAUUUGGAAAAGCCGACCUGUUUUAUGAGGAAAAGAAAUAUAAACAGGCAUUGCCUAGAUACACAAAAAUUCUACAAAAGUUUAGCCCGCACAAUACAAGUGCCCUUCGAAAAAUAGCAGACUGUGCUAUCGAAAUGGGGAAAUAUGGUGCGGCCAUUAAGGCCUACGAGGAGGAGAUUGCUUACUUCAGAUCGGAACCUGAAGAUUCCGAGUUCUUUUUUGACUGGGACGAUGCGAUGACAUACGCUGAUCUUUUAUCCUUUGGCGAAGACCACGAACGAGCGCUCAAAGAACUUAAAUCUCUUUCACGUUGGUUGCUUGGUCGAGGUGCAGAGACAUAUUGGGAUAAUGUCACUGAGGAUGAUGCUGAGUGGGACGAUGACGACGACAGAAGAACAUACACCCAUAAUUAUGUACCCGGAAAAUACGAUGAAAACUGCUAUGGGCUUGGGCUACCCUUAGGUGUACGAAUCUCGCUUGGUAUAUAUCGGUUACGUCUCGGUCCCCGCCAUCGAGACGAAGCCUUGGUAAUAUUCCCAUACACGUUUUGAAGUGGAAAUCUACUAAUUUGAUGUAUAGUACCAUUUCGAUUUCCUUAACCUUUCUAAUGAGUUUGAGGAGGAGAUUCAACCAGCAAAUCAAUUUUAUGCUCGCAAGGUUGGAGACCUGUUCCUCGAAUUGAAUGAUCACCAAAAUGCGUUGAAGUACUAUGAGUACCUAGUGUCAAUAUCUGAAGAGCAGAACGCGGCAGACUUGCGUAUGGAUAUGGGGAAAUGUUAUUACGAACUUGAACGAUAUGAAGAGGCAAUAAACUGUUUCCAAAUUGUUGCAGACUUGGACAAGAACGACGAAAAUCCUCGACAAUAUCUAGCGGCGAUCUACGCGAAGUCCGGUCAAGAGGAGUUGGCAUUCAAUAUGACUAGUCAGGCAAGAGCGAUUAUGAUGCGAAAAGCUCCUCAAAGAACCCGUCGGAAUAAUAAGAAGAAAAAUGAGCCGAAGGAGCCGAGGAAAUACAAACAGAAGAAAGUACGGAUUUUCCGCAAAAUUCUGUACAACCUCCAACCGAAGCCCGCCAAUGGGGAAAUACCUUCAAUCGAUCCCGUUACUGAUGCCAAUGGAGAUGUUAUCAACCCUCGGCAGCGGCAGCGGCAGCAGCAUCCGCAGCAAAAGCAUCGAGGGCGCCGUAAGGACGGAUUUGAUAAUGUUUUUGCUAGUGCUUUUGCGGACUCUAUGCGAUUGGGAGCACAGUAUUCUAUAUUGGAAAAACAAACUGAAGGUAUGAGGGCGGGAGAUAUCGAUUCUACCGAAGCCUGGAUGAACGCUGCCAAGCAACUAACGGACGAAUUCCGAGCAAUGAGGGCAUUUUAUCCUCUAGACAAAACUUUGAAGUUUGCUGGCUACUACCACCUGAACGAAAGGGUCCGAGGAAACAUGCCACUUCAUGCCGAUCUUACAGAAAUUCAUAAAAUAGAAAAGCGUCUAGCUCAAAGUUUGUCCUCCCUUUUACUUCUACUGAACCAUGCUAACUUGCUCUUUAGAAAUGAAAAUUGAUGUCGCAGAUCGGGCUAACUUAAUUCCUGCCAAUCUUCCGCAGGAUUUCAAGGGUAGAUCAUUUGAUCAGUGGUUGGAUAUUUUCAUGGAGUAUGCCAUAUGUUUUGCAAAGCAGGACAAACAACGAGACUCAUACGAAAUAUGUACCGCAAUGAAAGACUGUGUCGUAUGGUAUCAUUCGAGCACCAGCAUAUUUCUUGUCCAUUUGUGUUGGUCAGGUUAGUUUAUUGGUUUGGUCAGCAUGAGUGUGUAGCUAACCUUUCUGUGACAAAAGUUUGUGCUGUACUACUGGGAGACGAAGAUACCGUAAUUAAUAUGACUCGGUGGUUCAUGAAAGAGUUUCAGUUUACUACAGAUGCAUAUCGAAUUUUCGCCAUCUUUUCUCGCUUGGUCCAAAGCCCGGUGAUUUUCUACAACGAAUCUGCAAGUCAAAAGUUUUUGCUUCGACAGAUUCGAGCAAUGGAUUACAAUCUUGUCAGCGAGAAGGAAAAGAAGAAACGUCAUUGGGAGAAUCGAGCCUACUUUCACUCCAAGGAUGAGAAUGGAAAUGUCAUUAGAAACCACGAUCUCGAUACCUCUCUCCUCAUGACAUUUGGUUAUGUCCUGAGUACGAGUGGUAGUCAAGUCAUCGCUCUAGGUAAGUUCUUUUUUAUCAAGCCCAUGAAAGCCAUAUUUACACUACAUCCACAGGCUACAUCAUGCGCGCACACGCUCUCGAUCCUGAUAAUCCCAUGAUAAACCUCGCCAUAGGCCUCGCCUACAUCCACCACAACCUCAAGCGCCAAUCCGAGAACCGACAGCAUGGCUUCAUGCAAGGCCUCACAUUCAUCCGUCGCUAUUACGAACAUCGCAAGAUAUCAGAUUGUCUCGAGGAACGUCUUGAAGCGCAUUACAAUAUGGGACGGACAUAUCAUUUACUGGGACUUACGCAUCUUGCACUUCCGUACUAUUGGAAGGUUCUGAACGAGGAGGUAGAAAAAUGUAAGGAGGUUGGGGAUGGAGAGCGUGAGGAGAGCGGGGAUGGAUGGAAGGGCGAGAAGGGUCAAGAGGAGCUGUAUAAGGAAGUUGCGUAUGCGGUCAAGACUAUUUAUGAGGCGGCUGGGAAUAUGGAGUUGGCUAGGUCAGUAGUACGGGAGUUUCUGACGCUUUGAGGAGGGUAAAAGGCGUUGCGUUUUCUUAGAGUCGAGGGCGCGAAGCUGUAUUUGGGUGGUGGAUGUUGUAUGAUAUGUACUGUAGUGCACAAUUAAGUAAUGCAAGCUGAUUGGGGUGGGGUUAUUUGCCACGACUGGGCUCAUACUACCCAAAGGACCCAAAAGUUCUAGAAAAGAUGAAUACGCAAGCGACUGC